GUGACGCAAGCUGUAUGUAUCUCCAGUCUAUGGGUCAGACCUGAAAAUGACAGCUGGACCAUGUCGUCCGUUCACUGUUGUUGUUGUCGUUGUAAUGGUCAUGCUAGUCUGUUUUGAUGCGAGUUUCCAACGCACUACAUUCCAGGUGUGUCAUGUGUGUGAGGGCGCCUUACAGAACGGAACAGCGGUGGGAAAUUUCUGCUCGGUAUCGUCCGGUCAGGCCGACGGACGGUGUUGCAUAGAGACCCGUGGUCUGGACGCGGACUCUAUCAUUGGAUUGGAUCUCUCAAAUUGUUCACUGAGAGAAGUAGAAGGCCUGAACGAAGCAUCAGCAGCUAAAAUAAUAGAUCUGUCGGCCAACCGCCUUUUAAACUUUAACGACACAGUCUUCCAAGGCUUUACACAGCUGCAGCAUUUGAUGUUGCCGCUUCAUCUGACGUGUCCGGGGGGCAAUGCAUCCUGGGAGAAAGUGGAGGCGAGAGGGGAGAUUCGCCUGUGUGACGGACAGCGGGACAGCUGCAAUCAGACGGGACACAUGACCUGGGACUGCCCGGAAAACGGCCUCUGUGCUGCGGACGGGCCGGGCUUCUUUCAGUGCAGGUGCACACACCGUCACCACGGAUACAAGUGCCUCAGAGAGGGCCAGUUCCCAUUGGCUGAAGUGCUGGGGAUUCUGGGCGGGGCCACAGUCCUGGUCGCCAUCUUGCUAUGGGUAACACAACGACGAAAGGCUAAGUCCGUCUGAGGCACGGUCAAAGCGGGAAGACUGAAACCUGACAUCACUGAACCCCAAGACUCAUCCCGCUGCUGGUGCAGUGGGGGACCCCUGCACAUUUCAAAAAAAACAUUUCAAAAGUAUUUUAACUGACGGUUGUAUUUGUGCUGCUUUAGCACACCCAGCUGCUUUCGCAGGAUAUUUUGAAGGCCGUACUUGACUUGGCGAGAAUAACAAGAUUGUUAUUUAUUCAGUUGACAAGUUGCAAAUUUGCAGCAAAUUCUCAACUUAACCCUCCUAUUAUGUUAAGAUUUUAUGACCGCUUUUAUUUUUGGGGUCUAAUUGAGCCCAACAGUUUAAAUAGACACACAAUUAUUGUAAUAUAAAUAUUUUGACACUUUGGUUGUCGCCUUCUUAUCGUUUCCAAAAUAAUUAGCCUUUUAUCCAUAAAUGUGGAAAAUCUGUGAGAAAGUUUGGGAAAGUGCCAGCAUGAUAAUCCGCAAGAGAUGUCAAAGAAGAGAUUUUUUGAAGAGAUCUCGGAACACUAAAUCGGGUCAAGUUGACCCCAAACGUAAUAGGAGGGUUAAAAUCGUAUGAAAGAGGAAAAAGGUUUAGCAUGCGAAGAUACUGUUUUUAAUGAUCCACACAUCCAUGAGUAUAUUUCAAUACAUUAUGAGAAUUCUUUGAUCUGUGUUUAACUAUAAGGGGCGAAACCUGCAUUUAUAGUCCAGUCUCUGUACUGAUGUUCACUUUGUGUCCUCUGCACUCGAAGCUUCCUUUCCAUAGAGGGCUGACUGUGCCAGAGGAGUCCUGGGACUCUUUCCAACCGCUCAUCUUUCUCCUCCCGCCUCCUCGUUCUUUGCCCGACCCAGAAAUCGACCGAGGUCUGCCAUCCUUAAGGGAAAUUCAAACCCGUUAAAUGUUCCUUCUCAGAAGCUAGACGCCCGACUUAGGAAGAUCCCAAAGUUGCCUUGAGCAAGAGAACAUCAGCAUCCUUUGUGGAAUUUUUUUUUUUUUUUUUUCAUUCUGCAUUGCGUGAUGAAUAAACGGUCAACCUGUGGAUCCACCUCUCCCCAUCUGGUACGCAUCUGGCACAUCUGUAACUGACAUGGCUUCAAACCGACGUUUGAAGGAGGAAGGGCAUUCCAUUCGCCUAAUUCACGUUCUCUCGAUUCCCCCGCCCCUUCAACUCGUUUUCUGCCUUUUAUUUUUGCGUCGCCUGAUGGGUGGAACUAGGAGCAAGGAAAGGGUGGAGGUGGAAAAAUAAGCAAUUGGAAAGAGCCCCAGGAUAAGUAUAUCACUGAGCAUGAAGGUCGUAAUGACUGACAAAACAUAUGAGAUUUACGCGGUCAUCUCGUGUAUAUUGCAUCAACCCGCCACAUCUGGUAGCACUAGCUGUAAUCACAUUUUUGAAAACGACAUGUCUGUAGACCGGAACUUGAAAUGGUGCCUAGCGUGAUGGUUGUGUGGCAAGUUAGGACACGCAUGCCCUGUGUAAUUGUUUUCUUUAAAUUCCUUUUUUGGAAUUAUGAAUGGAAGUAAUGAUUGAAUUCAUGCAACCACUGUAGUAAUAAAUGCACUGACUUUUAA